GCUGAAAAGAGCCGAGCAAGCUGGGGUGAAGGGGUGAAUGCCUGGUGCCCAGCAACAGAUCCCUGAAGUUCAGGUGGGUUGGAAGCAGCCAUGUCAAAGGAUGAAGCAGGCUGUAAACUGGCUCCAGUCUACAAGCACAAGGAGCGCAAACCUAAGAAGCCCCAUUACAUCCCCCGACCCUGGGGGAAACCGUACAAUUACAAGUGCUUCCAGUGCCCGUUCACCUGUAUGGAGAAAUCGCAUCUCUACAACCACAUGAAGUACAGCCUCUGUAAGAAUUCCUUGUCUCUGCUCAUCGAAUCGGACUGGCCUUACAAGAAAGGGGGGCUCCUCCAUCCAGAACUCCGGCUCUUGCAAGCCACGGAAACCUCUCGGAUCCGGGAGAGGCAGGAGGAGCCCGAGACCUACGACACAAUGGUGAUGGAGGCCACCCACUCCAAACGUGAAGCAGACCGAGAUGGCGCAGAAGGCAAGGUGACCGAGGACACCGCCUCCUCGGAAAGGAUGAGCGACGAAACCAGCCAGUUCCAAGAGGAAGAGGAGGAAGAGGAGGAAGAGGAGGAGGAGGAAGAGUUAUCUAGGUUCCUGCAGGAGGUAGACACAGCGGAGAAGAAGGAGAUGGUCAAGGGGACCCUCUCCGCCGGGGAGACCUCCGAAGCCGAUGUGAACACCCUCCUUUUCCAGCUGAAAAACAAGCAGGAGAAGGCCUCGAAAGACCCCACUCCUGACUUCAUCAUCACGGACGUGUUCUCCUUGAAGAAGCACAUGGCCAAAGGGAAGGAGAUGCCCUCCGUGGAGAUGGACCCCAAACCAAAGCAGUGCAAAGUGCCCUCCAAAUGUUCGGGAAGCGGCGGGGUCUUCAUGGAGCAGUGGAAGCUGGUGGCCAACGGGCAACGGAGAAGCACCACCGGGGUUCUGGCUCCGUGUAACGACGGCAACGUCAUCCCUUGUUACCCUCCUCCAGCUUACGGGGAUUUCCCCGAAUCUCAAGGCCUCAACUUCUCUCUGCUGGGGAUCAACUACCCGCUGGCUCCCAACCUCUUCUCCUAUUUCAGCCCUUCGGUGACCGGCGGGGCCACUUCCCAUCCCCACUUGGCCCAAUUCCCUUUCCUGGCCUCCACCGCCCAGCUGAUGCACCCCCAUUCGGCUCAUUUGCAACCCUUACAGAACCCCGAGAGGUCCACUUUCCUCCCGCGCUUCUACUACCCUCUGCUGUUCGAGCAUUCCUUCACUUCGGCAGAAAACAAGAUGGCUGCCGCCAAGCUGGAGGCUCAACAACUGCCUGCAGCAGCCGUCCCUGCUCCCCUCCAGCCCCAGACUUCCGCGGACCUCUCGAAGGGAGGCAUGUUGAAAGCCCCGGUGCUGAAGACGGGCCUCCCUUGGCCGAAAAACAUCCGCGAAGAGCCUCUUCCUGAGCAGGGCCACAAAAGAUUGCUCCUGCAGGAGGAAGAGAAGAAAUGGCUGAUCCACGAAAGGGAAAGCUAUUCCUUACUGGCCACUGCUGGCCAUCUCUGCAGGAAGCCAUCUCCUGAGGCUUACCAGGGUCUACUGGGCAUCAAAGAGGGGGCUGCCCUUCUCCCCACCAGCCUCAAGAAAACAGAGGUCCACGGAGCUGCUUGCUUGGACAAUGGCGGGGUCACCCCAAGUAACCUGAAGAGGAAGUUUGCAAAGAGUGGCCUUGAGUUGAUGAGCCCUGAUAUGACAACACCAGAGAGAGAGAUCUACCCAGCCAGCAGUGUUUUGCAAGUUACACCAAUGCAAGCGUCAAAGACCAGGGACCACUGGCAGGUAGAACUUCAUGACAACAUCUCUGAAGGCCAGGAGAAAACUGGGGGCUCUGGGUUAAUUACAGCUUCAGACCAGACCUUUUUAAAGCCAAACAAUGAUCAAGUCAUAACUGUUGGUCCAAGGGACCAAGAGAUGACUACAGUGCUCAUUGGAGACUUGUCAAAAACCUUGGAAGAGUACCAGAAGGUGGAGAAGAAGCUCUCCCAUUUGGCAAAAGAGGACACUCCCGCACAGAAGCAACUUAGGGACCAGUUAGUCAAAAUCCGGCAGGAACUUUUCCAUAUCCACCAGGCGUUAGAGAAGGCCAACAAGUUCAAUGAAGGUCCUUUGGACCUCUCGGUGAAAAGGUCUUCAAAGAAUCCAGAGAAAGGACACCGAGACAAGAAAGAGUCCAAGGCUGGGAUCCAGGGAGAGAAAGCCCAAGGCAAAGACAAUACAUGUUUGGAGGUGGGCGAAGCCGAUCUAGAAAAGGUCUCCGGUGGUUUCCUUGAGACGCAGAAUAAAACCAUUGACCUGCUCAUCAAGAUGAGCCACUCCAAGAACGUCCAAAAUUCCUCUUCUGAGACCCACCUGGGAGCCGUAAUCAAAGCCGAAGUGCUUCCCCUCAACGUCCCACUAGAAUUUAGGCACGUCAUGGAACCUUACUACAGCCAUACUACCAAAUGCGAAGCAGAUUCCAGUGUCCUGCUCUGCACCGAUGGAAGAUCAAAUGGUAACCAAGCCCCACCACUUUCUGUUACUGAAGAAACUCCAAUAGGAUGCCGGGCAAUUCCAUGUUCUUUGUCCUGCAAUUUGACCAGCGAGACCGGUGAGGUAUAGAAUCCAAAACUUCACACUUGCCCUUUGAGCCCAAAGAAAGAAGUCAGUCAAAUUGGGAAACCCUUUGGUCCAUCACUAUAGUAUUUGGAACAUUGAGGAUCCAGGUGGGUUUUGUAAAGCAUUUCUCGUCCACGUUUUAUGAAUGACAUGGAACUCAGCAAGGUCUGUUUCUCCAUUAGUAGAAUUUCUCAUGGCAUCCUCAUUCUGCAGACAUGGACAAGGUGAACAGGGUGGGAAGAGAGAGUAAGAGAGAGGUGACAUUGUUGUUUUUUUCAGGAGGACAGGUGCCUUUGCAUUUUAGAAGAUCCAACCCAACUCUUCCCUGGCCGGUUCAGCAAGAUGCAUUCCUCAACAACUUUUUAAGACUCCAUAAUCCCUUGUAGGGUGGAGUCCGGUCAACUGAAGGGAGCUAGCAGAGUAUUUUAAAUGGCCAGAUGCCCUUCCUGUCACCCAUGCAGAGUUUUGUUUAGCAGAUAUAUUCUGCCAAGAGAGAUUAAAUAUUUGCCUCUGCCUAGGAUCGAACUCACAGCCUCCUGGUUGUGAGGCAAGAGCUCCAACUAUAGGCCACCGCACCAGCCUUUGAACAAGAAGCAUUGUCUGAUGCCAAAUCUCCUUGGGAUCAAUCAAUUUCUGGAUAGCGUUCCUUUUCCCAAGAAUCCAGAGUCAACGGUAGUCUCUCUGACCCAAAUAAAAAGAGCUGCAAGAUAAAUUGUGGAUUGACUACAAUCCCAGUUGCCUUUUUGGCAGAAAACAAUUAAAGAGCAUGCGUGAGAAAUCACUUUUUUUUCCAGAACCCACUAUGGUUGUCCAGGUUCUUCUAAAGGGAUCCCAUUCCUAGCCCCUGCUUGAGUUUAAAUUCUUCUUUUGAUUUAAAUUCUUCCUCUGGAAUUCACCAUAUAACUUAUCUCAGUGCCGAACAAUGAUGGGGAACCAUUUUUAAUUUUGCCUGAAGCUUUGUUGGGGUAGAAGAGUUCUGAGCAAAUACGAAGACUUUUCUCCUUCCUUGACAAGCUUUUUUACAUGAGAGGUCAUCUUCUGGACAUUGCAGAUUGAUUUAAUCAUCCUUGCCUCCAGGCACAAUCGUUCUGGCCUUUUCACGAUGGAGAUAGACCUUUCCAAGCAAAACCUCUGCCCUCAAAUUACAGUAGGCUUCUCAAAGAUUGAGGGGACAAUUAAACGGGACCUCAUCACACUUUUCAUCUUCUUUAGGAAAAGAUGAUUACAGAAAAGGAAGCAAAGGAUUCUCAGAGACUAUUGGAGAACUAGUUGACCUACUAGCUUUCUAGCUAAACCAGAGGUCAGCAACCUGCGGCUCUGGAGCUGCAUGUGGCUCUUUCAUCCCUCUGCUGCAGCUCCCUGUCACUGGUCGGUGACACAAUUUUGAGAGAAGCUUCCGGUUUGGGGUGGUGGUGGUGAAACACCACGUGCCAGGAGGAGAGAGCAGGGCAGGUUUUCCGGUCAGCUCCACAAUUGAUAGUGCUUUCAGUUAGGACAGGUAGAGGAAAAAGGA